UGUAAAUAGAGUUGCCAGUAUUGGAGGAGGUAUUACUGGCGCAGUUCCAUUGUGCUGGGCUGGGCAGAGGGAGCGUUACUUGCGCACUUGCCCUAUGGAACAGGGAGAGGCCGGAGAGAAAUAACAUUACGUACAUUUACAGAAACGAAAGUGAAAGUCACGCUAUGAGCCUAUAAUAUAAAUUCCAAAGAUCGGUUAGCGCCGCCAGGGAGCCUUCUCCUAAACACGGCUUCGGAACCGACAACUCCCUCGGAUACCGCCACUCUCCUCUCUACUCAUAUACCGCCCACUCUGUACCCCACAUCCAGCCCUCUUCACUUGCACAACAAACAGGGACCCGGAAGUGCCGCGCUCCUUACUCGCCGCCACUGCUGCACUGCCCUUUGCUGCCUCCCCUCACCCACACUCUGUACCCGCCAAAUUCGCAUUGUACCUGCUGUACCACUGCCCCAGCCCAACUGGGUAUCACUGCCUUAUAAUUACCAUUAACUAUUAUGUGCUGAGUCUGAGCCCUGCAACUUCACUAGUGCAAUUAACAUGGACAAUGACACAUCCUACCAGUUCCCUUUGGCCCUACAUUGGGACCUGGGGCCUGAGAAACUGAAGGAGCUGAAGAACAAGCUUCUUGUGUAUUUCCAGAGCAAGAGCAAGUCUAAUGGAGGGGAGUGUGUGAUCAAGGACCCCGACAGCACAAAGGGAUACGUUCUCAUCCACUUCAGCCAAGAAACAGUGAGGGAUGCUGUCGUUAAAAAAGAGACCCACGAAAUGCAUUUAUCAGGAGGCAAGAGGUUAAAGUUGGAUGUCUCAUUGCCCAAAGAGCCAAUACCCACCAGUAAUCAGAAACCUCCAGCAGACAGUACAGAACCUCGUAAUCACCAAGUGCCAGAAGAAGUGACACCUCAUACCUCCUUCUUUGUGGGACCCCCUUCUCUGAAUGUGACUGCUGAAGCUGCAUCAACUGAAGAACCACCUUCUAUGAAUGUAGGCCCUGAGACCUCACCCUCCGUGGCUCUGAUUGAAAGCAUCGCAGACUCCUGCACACCGGAGAUACUGAUUCUCCUGGUGGAGAAUAUCAGUAAUAAAUGUGCCGGCACCGACUUUACCUUGGAGAUGAUCCCUGAGAUUAAAUCUGCUGCAGUCACUUUCAGCUGUAACAUUGAUAUCCCAAAUUUCAUCAUAGCCUUCCUUGACACCCGUCGCGUGAAGCAGAUGAAAUUGAGGGCAAAGCCACUGGAAGAGACCAAAUGUAUCAGGGUUGAGAAUUUGCCCCCCAACACGUCUGAUGAUUACCUGAUGAUGUACUUUGAGUGCCCACGGUAUGGAGGGGGGGCUGUAGAGGAGGUGGAGCUAUUGUCAGAAGAGGAUGCUGCCAUAAUAACAUUUUCUGAUAAGCAAGUUAUCAGAAAAGUGUUGGAGAAACAGCAUGUGUUUGGGAAGAAAUCGAUAUCAGUAUAUCCAUACUAUGAGUCCUUGGGUGUAGCACUAUAUGGGGAAAAGGGACCUUGUGUAACAUUACCCAAACCCCUGGAGUUUCCAGUCAGUCCAUAUGUACUGGAAUUCAUACUGGGAAAUCCACAGAUAAAAGACAACAUGCAUAAAAAAAUGACAGAUAAGAAUUGUGAGCUCACAUGGCCAGAGCCAAACUGCUCCAAUCCCAACAUUAAACUCUCCAUUCCGAGAUCCAUAUCAUCUAAUCUUAGGACUGUGGCAAAGAUUGUACAUACAUGGAGAGAUCACGUCUCUACAGAAUUCUCUAAUGUUAUUUCCAAGUUCAAAGCUGCAGAAUACAAUGUGAGUCCAUCAGUUUGGGAAGCCAUUAUAGGAGAAGUCAGCAGCCCCACAUAUGAGGGAGUUUUGGUCAAACCAGACGUAGCCAAACAGAAAGUCUUCCUUGCAGGACUCUCCAAGGAUAUUACUAAGAUAGAACAAACUUUCAGGGACCUGGUAGAAAAUACAACUAGACGGAUUGAUAGACAAAACAGCAGUAUGGAAAUGUCUGAGCCUCUGGCUCCUGCUCUCUAUGAAAUAAUGUGUAAAAAUGGCCAUUUAAAGAACAUCCAGUCACAGGCUCCAGAACUCAGAAUGGAGUAUGAUGUGCCAAACAGGAACCUUAAACUAUAUGGAGUCAAAGAAGAAGCUCUCUUUGCCCGAUGUGAACUACUUAAGAUAAUACAACAACUGAAAUUUAAAUCCAUCCCACUGGAUUCCCAUAUUAUCCAUUUCUUGGGGCUUACGGACAAUGAUGAGUUGUCCUGUCUUCUCCUCACACGGCACAAUAUUAAUGCAAAGUUCCAGACUGAGGAUAAAUCAGUCACACUGACUGGACUCUCCAUGAACGAUCUGUCAGAGGCAGAAGAACAGAUGAGACGUGAAUUAGUUUGUAAGCAACUUACUGUCGAAGACAAGAUGAUUAUCAAGGGACAUGAGUGGAAGAGUCUCAAAACACAUUUGUGUAAAUUAUUUAACUCAGAAAGAUGCACGGUUUUGAUUGAGGAGUUUCCCAGAGGAGCAGAGAAUCAGGUGGUUAUUGCUGGUCUGGCACCCAGUGUAGGAACUGCUUCCGAACAGAUCCAUGACUUUCUGGAGAGAAACACUCCCAUACUGAAGGACAUACCAGUAAAAUCUGUGGCCGUUAUACAGUUUAUUAAAGAAGAAAAGAAAGAUACUUGCAAGGAAAUAAAAAAGAAAAAUGUAAGUGUUACUUUGAAAAGGAAAUCUAUUACUCUGAGUGGGUGCAGACUUUAUGUUGAAGAAGCUUCUAACCUUAUGGAAGGGGUUCUUUCUUCACUACACAAUGAUGUUCUCACUGUAAAUAAGCCUGGAGCCAAAAAGUUCUUUAUAGACAAGGAAGAAAUGUUAGUUAGUACAGCAAAGCAUAAAUACAAGUGUUUAAUAUAUCUGCAGAAGGAAGGAGAAGAAGAUUCUAUGGAAAUUGAUAUAAAUGUAGAUGAAGAGCCACAGUACCAGAUACGCUUGCCAUAUGGAAUUACCAUUGCAGUCUACAAGGAUGAUCUGACCCGUCACCGGGUUGACGUUGUAGUUAAUGCAGCCAAUGAGGAUCUGAAGCACAUUGGGGGGUUGGCAUUGGCCUUACUGAGAGCUGCAGGGCCUAAACUACAAACUGAUUGUGAUCAUAUAGUUAAAACCAGUGGGAGAUUAUUUGCAGGUGAUGCAAAAAUAACAGAUGGUGGCAGUCUGCCAUGCAAGCAGGUAAUACAUGCUGUUGGGCCCAGAUGGGAUCCAAGCUCACAAGUAAAAUGUGAACGUCAUCUUCGCAAAGCAAUAACCAAUAGCUUAGAACUGGCUACAGAAAAUGGACAUAGUUCUAUUGGUAUCCCAGCGGUCAGUGCAGGAAUAUUUGGGUUCCCUCUGGAGCGCUGCAUUAAGAACAUUACUGAAUCCAUCAGUCAGUUUUUGGAAGAUUAUCAAGGGACUUCUUCCAUUAAAAGGAUUCACAUUGUGGACACAGAUGAUAAAAUAAUUUCAACAUUCAUUAAAGCGCUGAAAGUUGAAUUUGGAGAUACAAAUGAACAAGAGUCCCCUAAACGUAAAGUUGAGGAGGAGAGAAGGAGGCCAAACGCCAAACCAGAGGGAACAAGAGAGCCGGCCCUCCAGAUGAUAAAUGUCAAUGGGAUAACCAUUAAAUUAAUCAAGGGAAACCUGCAAGAUGCUACAACAGAUAUUAUUGUGAAUAGUGUUGGGAAGGACCUUGAUCUUGAUAACGGUGGUGCCUCCAAAGCUUUAUUACGCAAGGCUGGGAAGAAACUCCAGUACGUUCUAAAUGAAGAGUGCAAAGGAAAGCAAGUGCAAGAAGGUUCUGUGUUUGCAACAAAUGGCUGUGACUUGUCCUGCCAGAUGGUCCUUCAUGUCAUUACUCCAUACUGGAACCAUGGAAGCAGUUCCGGAGCGAAGACGUUAAGGGAGAUCAUUCAUACUUGCCUCAGUAGCACAGAGAAGAAACAAAUGACUUCCAUAACAUUCCCAGCUAUUGGAACAGGAGCUUUAAGUUUUCCCAAGAAUCUGGUUGCCGCUAUAAUGUUUGAAGAGGUGGAAAAAUUCACCGGAAGCAAAAACAUUCAGCAUCUCCAAGAAGUCAACUUUGUGCUGCAUCCAAGUGACAUGGACACUAUUACGGCAUUUUUUGGUGAACUGAAAAAAAGAAUAGGCACAAAUGCACCUCAAGUAAAUCCUGGGCCCAAACCAAUUGCCUCAAAAAGUUCAGGUGCAGAGGUGUUUGGGUCAGUCACUACCCCGAAUCUUGGUAUCCAUGAGAUGAAAAUUGGAUCAGUUACAUAUCAAGUGAAAACAGGAGAUAUCACCAAGGAGACCACUGAUGUUAUUGUCAAUUCAUCCAAUGGAAACUUUACUCUCAGAACAGGAGUAUCCAAGGCAAUUCUGGAGGCUGCAGGGCAGAGUGUGGCAGAUGAAUGUGCCAAGCUUGGGUCCAUGCCCCACAGAGGGUUUAUCAUUACAGAUAAGGGGAAUUUACUCUGUAAGAAAAUCCUUCAUGUUUGUGGGCGGAACUCACAGAGUGAAAUUAAAUCAUGUGUAUUGGAUGCGCUGCAGGAGUGCGAGAGACUCCAGGUCACAUCUGUAGCAUUUCCUGCCAUUGGAUCAGGUGGGGGCAGUGUGCGACCCAUGGAUGUAGCUGAUGCCAUGCAGGAGGCAGUGAUAGAAUUCAUCACCUCUAAAUCUUCCCAAUGCCUUCAGAUGGUCAAAGUCGUUAUUUUCCAGGAGAAAAUGCUGCAGGAUUUCUACAGGUGUAUGAAAAACAAGGAGGGAACCAUUGUGUCCAAACAAACCUCUUUAUUGGGCAAGAUAUCAUCUUUUUUUGGUUCUUUAUUCUCAUUUGGGGAGACAGAAGAACCUUCAGUGAUAAUGCUAAAAGAAAACAUUGAACCGGCUAAUUUUUAUCUUUGUGGAGAAGCAAGAGAUCAGGUGAAGGCAGCUAAGCUGUGGCUUGAGAAACUUAUACAACAGGAGCAGAGUGAGAAUAUUAUCACUAAUGACUGGAUCUUGGAAUUUGAUGAACGGGAACAACAGAAAUUAUGUGAACUUCAAAAAAGAUCUCAAGUGUCAAUUAGUUUUGAAUACCAGAGAUCUACCAUUAUAGUGUCCGGUCUCACUAGAGAUGUCUUCUAUGUAUCCAAGGAAAUUGAAGACAUGAUAAAAACGAUAUGUGCUAAGAAAACACGAGAGCGGGAAGCAGAUCUCUGCAGUAACCUGGUGGAAUGGCGGUACCAUAAUGGCUUUAGUUAUGUUCCAUUUGAUAAAAUGUCUAAUCUGGAUCUUGAGACAGCCAAGAGUGAGGGCCGGCAAAGUCUCACCAUCAAAGUUAAGGGGGUUCAUUACACAGUUAACAUGGAACUAAAAUCUGCAUCAGACCCCAGUGGAAAGACGGUGAAGAUUGAGCGAGCACCUAAGAGUGGUGAAUCCAUGGAAUUGCCACCGGGGUGGGAAAAUAUGACAAGUGAGCAGGUGAAAGUUGUUCCACUAAAUCCUGGGGCCCCGGAAUACAAUGAUGUGCAGAGUCAAUUUCAAAAGUCCUGCCCAAUGAAAAUUAUUAAGAUUGAGAGGAUACAGAACAAACACCUCUGGUUAAAUUAUCAAAUAAAAAAGCAGAGCAUUGACGCUAAAAACCAAUCAACAAGCAACGAGAUGCAACUGUUCCACGGCUCAGACCCCAACACAAUAAAGAACGUCAAUCAAAAUGGUUUCAACCGAAGCUAUGCCGGGAGGAACGCUGCUUAUUAUGGAAAUGGAACAUAUUUUGCUGUGAAUGCCAAUUACUCUGCACAAGACACAUACUCCCGGCCAGACCCAAAUGGACAUAAACACAUGUACCUGGCGCGGGUCCUCACGGGCAUCUCUUGUGUUGGCCAACAGGGGAUGGUCGCACCUCCUGCCAAGAACCCAUCAAACCCAACGGAUCUUUAUGACAGCGUAACGGAUAGAACAAGCUCUCCUGUAAUGUUUGUUAUAUUCAAUGAUAUUCAGGCCUAUCCCGAGUAUCUUAUUACCUUUUCAAGAUGAUUUGCUGCUUAGUUAGGGCCUUAGGCAAGAAAUGGACAUCCUGUGGCCUCAGGAUCUUGACCUGGCCUGAUUCCCUGGUUUUAGCUCAGCAAGAUUCUGAGAGCCACAUAUUAUAUAUCAGGAAAUAGCUAUAUUUAAUUUUUAUUUGAUCCUUCAGCCUCCAAUAAAACAGAUGAAUGAUUAUUAGGGAAAGGCUGUGUUCUAUAUUUGAAUUAUUUCCCUAACAAAGCAAAUGCUGCAAAGCUGCUUGCAGUACUUACCUGCUUCCAGGCCCUGUCGGCCUCCUUUGCUUCCUGAGCAAAUCUCUACCUUCUAGAAAGGCUGUCUGUUAUUAAUGUCAGCAGUUUGGUGGAACAUGGCUACUGUUUAAGGAAGGCAGUAUUGCUAGCAGUAGUAACAGUAUGGCUUGGUCUAUAAUAAAUGCAAAAUAUUUGUG